GUCCUAUCAACCAGCUUCGUGCCUACCGGAAUUUGAAACCUGGUUUCCCAGCCCCCUCUCUCUGCCUAGCUGGUGUGCCAGAGCCCGUGUUAGGGUUUCAGAGCUUUCUCUUCCACUCCCCUCCUCCAACUGAAGCAGCUGAAAUGUAGAACUUUGCUCUCAGAGUCCUUGCUGAAAUAUCCAUACACUAUUCGGACACAACAUUUGAGUUUCAUCAUGAUUUCCUGUCACUUCAGCGUUCUGCUUUGCUUACUUUUGCUCACAUCUCCCAUUGCGCUGGCUUCAGUUUUCUUAAGGCACAAGGAAGCAAACAAUGUGUUACAAAGAACUAAGAGAGCCAAUUAUUUCUUAGAGGAGCUUAAAGCAGCAUCACUCGAGCGGGAAUGCCUAGAAGAGAAAUGUUCAUGGGAGGAAGCAAGAGAAAUCUUCCAAGAUGAUUUGAGGACUAAAGAAUUCUGGACCAUCUAUUCAGAUCCUGACCAGUGUGACUCCAACCCAUGCCAGAACAAUGCAACCUGUAUUGAUAGGCAUCAAAACUACUUUUGCAUUUGUCCUCUAAACUAUGAAGGCAGAAAUUGUGAAAUAGGACCAGAAAGCAAGUUGAAAUGCUUCUAUAAAAAUGGCAAUUGUCAGCAGUUUUGUGUAGAUUCCCCAACUACAUCAAGGCAGUGCUUCUGUGCAGAGGGAUACAGGCUAGCAAGUGACCAAGUAUCAUGCAUCCCAGAAGUUGAUUAUCCUUGUGGGAAUAUACCCAUUCUGGCAAAAAAAUCAAACCAACGAGGAAGAAUCGUAGGUGGUUUUGACUGUCCUCCAGGCGAAUGUCCAUGGCAAGCUCUCAUAACAGACAGAAGACAUGAAAAAUGUGGAGGUGUUCUGGUUGCUCCAUCUUGGAUCAUUACAGCAGCCCAUUGCUUAGAACAUGUCCACCAACAAAACCUCAGGAUAAAGCUUGGUGAAUACAGGAUAAACCAGAAAGAUGAAGGCGAACAAGAAAGAGGAGUUGCUGAAGUCAUAAUCCAUGAGAAGUAUUCUUCCAAAAAAGUUGAUAAUGACAUUGCCUUGCUGCGAUUAGCAGCCCCAGUUAACUUCUCUGAGUACGUGGUGCCCAUCUGCUUACCACCUCCACGGUUUGCAGCAGACGUACUGAACUACAUUGAAUUCUCAACAGUGAGUGGGUGGGGGCGUCUCUUGGAAGGUGGGGCUACUUCAGCAAUUCUUAUGAGAGUGCAAAUCCCCAAAAUACACAAAAAGGAAUGUAUUCGGCACACAAAAUUCAAUAUUACAGACAACAUGUUCUGUGCAGGGUAUCUCAAUGGGACUAAAGACUCUUGUGAAGGUGAUAGUGGUGGACCUCAUGUCACUGAGUAUAGGAAUACUUGGUAUCUAACUGGACUUGUGAGCUGGGGUAAAGGGUGUGCUGCACUAGGAACAUACGGAGUUUACACAAAAGUCUUAAGAUACUUCCAGUGGCUAAACAAUCAUAUGGAUUCCGUGAAAACAGGAAGUAACAACAAGCUGGAGAUCCCAGAGCUGGAAAAAGUACAUCCAAGAGGAGUAGUUGUCGCCCCUCCCUUUGCUCCUCCCUCUACCACGUGCCUUCCCAGGGUGUGUCCAUGGUGCGCAUGCUCGGGUUCUGACCUGGCGUGCGCAUGCUCCAACCACACCCUGUUUGUUUGGCUCAGUUCGGCGAGGCGAGAGGCGUGGCUGGUCGGGUGCUGCUCAGCUCCAGUAUUCUUACGAAGCAAAGUGGCAAACAGAUUUUUGCAAAGAACAAAGCGAGCUAAUUCAAUGUUCGAGGAAUUUAAGCCUGGAAAUAUUGAAAGGGAAUGCUAUGAGGAGAGAUGCUCGAAAGAAGAAGCCAGGGAGGCAUUUGAAGAUGAAGAGAAAACUGAGAAUUUCUGGAAUAUUUAUAUAGAUGGGGAUCAGUGUCUAUCAAACCCCUGCCAUUAUGGUGGGACAUGCAAAGAUGGCAUCGGUAGCUAUACCUGUACAUGCUUGGCCGGCUAUCAAGGGAAAAACUGUGAAUAUCUCAUACAUAGGUCCUGCAUAUUGGACAACGGGAACUGUUGGCACUUCUGCAAACUUGAUCAAAACAAUAUUCAGUGUUCGUGCGCUGAAGGGUACAUUUUGGGAGAUGAUGGCCAGUCGUGUGUUGCUGGAGGUGACUUUCCAUGUGGUCGAAUUAAAACAUCAAGGAACAAGAGAGAAGCAAGUCCACCUGACUAUCAUCCAGAUUUCUCCGAUGGCUACGAUGCAACUGACCAACAUGUUUAUUUUGAAAUUCCUACGAAUUUCUCUAGCAUAGUUCCUACUUUGCCCUCCCAGAAUGAAACAUCACUCAAUCAAGGUGAUGAUUCAGACCGCGAUGUAAGAGUCGUUAAUGGAACAGACUGUAAAUUGGGUGAAUGUCCAUGGCAGGCACUUCUGAUAAAUGAGGAAGGUGAUGGGUUUUGUGGAGGAACAAUUUUGAGUCCCAUGUAUGUGCUUACUGCAGCCCACUGCAUAAACCAAACCAAGAAAGUUAAAGUUUUUGUAGGGGAAGUGGAUAUAUCAAGAAAAAAUGCAGGACAUCUUCUCGCUGUGGACAAAAUAUAUGUGCAUCAAAAAUUUGUUCUGGAAACCUAUGACUAUGAUAUAGCCCUCAUCCAGCUGAAGAACCCUAUCCAGUUCUCUGAAAAUGUGAUUCCUGCCUGCCUUCCCACUGCUGAUUUUGCCAAUCAAGUCCUAAUGAAACAAGACGUAGGUAUUGUUAGUGGUUUUGGGCGUACUCAAGAAAGAGGACGAACCUCCAACACACUUAAAGUCGUUAGACUUCCUUAUGUGGAGAGGCAUAUCUGCAAGCUUUCCAGUAAUUUCCCUAUCACUGAAAAUAUGUUUUGUGCUGGCUAUAGUACUCUGGCUCAAGAUGCAUGCCAGGGAGACAGUGGGGGCCCUCAUGUCACUACAUAUAGAGGCACCUACUUUGUUACUGGGAUAAUCAGCUGGGGGGAAGGAUGUGCAAGGCAAGGCAAAUACGGUAUUUAUACAAGACUGUCCAAAUUCAUCCCUUGGUUAAAGAGAAUGAUGCGUCAAAAGCCACAGAGAAUAGAGUCGAGCAUUGCUGAGCCCUAAAAAUCACCCAAUGGCACAUUUCGUGCAGGGAUUUUGCCAAUCAAUAAAGCAUUGGGUUAGAACAUUCAGUAUAUUCAUUUGAUCCUGGAACUCUUCAUUUCAGACAUACUGCCAUUUUUCAAUGUAACGUUAAAGUCACGUAGCUUGCCAAUUUAUCAAGGGCUUUUUUUUCCUAGCAUCAACCCCCUUGUGGCACUUAGAAUGAAUACUACUAUUUCAUUUCAACUCUGUCUCUUCAGUGCCAUAUCUUUAAUUGCUUCAUAUGGUUUAUAAUGGUAACUAUAAUCCUGCAAGCGAGAGCAAUUAGAAGCCCAGCAGUGAUAUUUGGCCCCUUUGUAAUACAAUCUCCAGUCACCAGCCCUGUUCCCUUGAGACAAUCAGAUGGGUUAAUCAGGGUAGUGCACAAUGGGGUAAUCAGCUGAAUUCUCCUCCUAUCUAAUUUACCCCCAAACACACCCAGAAGCCAAGCCAUGCCUACUGGUGCCUGCCAGCUCAAUAGAGGAAGGGUUAGAGACAUCAUAAAAUCUUGCUCUCCUGAUCCAACAGCUCAUAGGAUACCAAAAAUUUCCUGGGGAAAGUGGACAGAGAUUCUGUAUUCCCCAAAUGGUAAUUCUACCCAUGCACCCACAUUUUGUGUUAUUUUGUGUUAUCAGAAUUUCCAGUGAUGGGAGAUGGCUGAGUUGAUUACUGACUGGGUUAAGUAUGUUGUAGGAACAACAGGGUCCUAAUGAAAAAAGAAGUAGGCAUUAUUAGUGGUAUAUAUUCAGUACACUUCUUUAACAGUGCUAUUUUAUCACAAGCAUGCUUUUUUUUCUGUCUGAAAACAUGUUUCACUGAAAAGUUAAAAGGCUUUUCAGAUUUGUGAUUGAUAAAAUUAAAGAUGUUUGAAAGUUC